GUCCCUGUCCCCACAUCAGUUGUCAUGACCACCAUGACUCCUUUCAGCGCCUCAGUCAAUGCCAUACGGGAGCUGCUGCCUUCACUCCUGGCACUGUCACUGCCAGCCAGCAUGGGGGGGCACUGCCCCAGCAGUCCCUCUCUGAAGGAGCUGCUGCCUUCACUCCUUGCACUGUCACUGCCAGCCAGCAUGGGGGGGGCACUGCCCCAGCAGUCCCUCUCUGAAGGAGCUGCUGCCUUCACUCCUUGCACUGUCACUGCCAGCCAGCAUGGGGGGGGCACUGCCCCAGCAGUCCCUCUCUGAUGGAGCUGCUGCCUUCACUCCUUGCACUGUCACUGCCAGCCAGCAUGGGGGGGGCACUGCCCCAGCAGUCCCUCUCUGAUGGAGCUGCUGCCUUCACUCCUUGCACUGUCACUGCCAGCCAGCAUGGGGGGGGCACAGCCCCAGCAGUCCCUCUCUGAUGGAGCUGCUGCCUUCACUCCUUGCACUGUCACUGCCAGCCAGCAUGGGGGGGGCACUGCCCCAGCAGUCCGUCUCUGAUGGAGCACUGAUGGUGGGCAGCAAACCCCUGUCUCGUGUGGCCAGCGGGGCAGAGCAUUACCCAGAGACAGUGGAGGCCCUGAGGGAUGUGGGCAGGCUCAGGGAGAGACACAACACCCUGGAGACCAGAGUAGAGCUGCUGGAAGCAGGCAAGGCCGACCAGGCCCAGCUCCAGCACCUCCGGGAGCUCCUCACUGACUUGGGUGACAGGGAUGUGCCUGACAAACUGUUGGAUCAACUGAAUCAUCUGAGAGUUCUGGUCGACAGCCUGAUGGGUGACAGAGCCAAGCUGGGAGAACUGGAGCAGCUGAUUCUGAACAUAGGAACAGUUCAGGGCUCAGAGGGAGGCUCAGAAACAGCCAAAGGGUCAGACAGUGAGGACUCCCCUGACUCUCCUAAGCAAGGACAGCUCAGACUGCAGAUAUUAUACCUCAGGAACGCAGUGCAGAAAGUGGAGGAAGAGGUGCUACUGCUGAAGACUGAGAACACCUCAGCCAAGGCUGAACAGAAGACCAAGAAAGACAGACAGCUACAGGAUCAGAUGGACAACCUGCGAGGCAUGCUGGAGGACAUGAUGGCGUCCUCCUCCUCGCUGCUCUCCCAGAGCCUCCAGCAGGAGCCCCAGGGGUCAGAGCAGGGCCAGGGCAGCGGGCAGGCAGGCGGGCAACAAGGCUCCACGUGCCCCUCCUGCUCUGUAGACGUGAGCAGGAAGGUCAGCCAGCUGUUCCAGCGCUAUGAGAAUCUGCAGGGCCUGGUUAGCAGAUUCAUGAAUCAGCAGGGAGGAGGCAGACCUGGAGCAGAGAGCUCUGAGCUGAUGAAUGACGUUCAGGGAGCCAUCAUGCAACUGCAGGCUGAGUGUGAGAAGCUCCACGGCACAGCCAACCACCCGAUUGAGGAGCACAGCCAGAAACAGGUCCACAUCGACCAUCUGUACAAGUCCAUGGAAGAACUGGACGAGAAGAAAGCUGACAAAGAGCUUGUGGAGAUGGAGAUUGAAAUCAAAGCAGACAAGCGUGCCCUGGAGACCAAGGUGAGCCGCAUGCAGUUUGACUCCAUGACAGAGGAGCUCAACACCAUGUUCCAGGAGCUGCUCAGCAAGAUCACCGGCCAGGAGCAGGACUGGCACAAAAUCAUUGACAAAAUCUCCACCGAGAUGGAGUGCAAGCUGGACCGGAUUGAGCUGGGUCCUGUGAAGAAGCAGCUGGAGGACCGCUGGAAGAGCAUCCGUAAGCAGCUGCAGGCCCAGCCUGCCCCGAAGGAGGACGACGCUGCAGGCAUCAGGAAACAACUAGUGGCAAGGUUCCACUGCAUCUCCUGCGACCGCCCAGUCGAUAUGCUUACCCCAGGACCACACUUAGUCACCGUGCCCUCCACUCCUGGCCUACCCUCCCACAAGUCCAACCGACCGUACACCAUCUAUGAGCUUGAGCAGGUUCGCCAGCACUGCAGAAGCGAGCGCAUCCCUGAGAUGGCGGACUACAGUUACCUGGCCAUGUCCCUGAGCUGUGGAGGCAGCCACACCGUGACCUACCCCAACCGCCGCUACACCCGCCUGCAGCACUUCAGCCACUUCCUCCAGGCUGAGGAGGAGACACCGCCCAUCUCCAGCUCCCCACUGCGCAUUCAGCCGGAGGAGGUGGACAUCCUGGGAUUGGACGGACAUAUCUACAAGGGCCGCCUGAAAACCAGAUCGAUCAAGACUGUGGAUGCCAGACUACCCACCAUCUUUCCUAAAGACGGUACAGGGUUCUGGACUGGGAUUAUAUUCAGCUCUACUCUACAGUACUGUGUAUUUUUAGAGUAGAAUUACAUGUAUUGAAAAGAAAAUGGAAUCUGGACAAUUGUGAACAAAAGCUAGACUACUUUGAUUUGAUUUGAUUUGACUACUUAAUUCAUGUUACUCAAUUCAAGCAACUGCAGUGCAGUAAAACUAUUCCCACUGGUCCAUUUUGUAUUUUUAUGCCAUCGCUCCAAAAAGUCACCUAAUGUUAAGUGUGACAUGUCUGCAUGCUGUGGGCAGCUGUCAUGGUCCGGGCCUGGGAGAGAGGUGAUGUCCAGACUCCAGUUCUGACAGCCCAUAUGGACUCCUCAUUGACAGUGAAGCACACUUCCGAGGAUUCACUGUCACCCCUGGGUCCAGUUACACAACGUGUCUUAAGAUGAUGUUCACACCGUGCCGUCUGUCCAGGCCCCAACUGCCCUUAGCCUGUUUCCUCUCUCUCGCUCCCUGGACCAUGUGUCCAGAGUUGGACUCGCAGUGCAGGGAUGCAGAGAUAAAGAGUAAAGUGGGGAGGAAGAGUGAGGGGGGACAUCAUGGGGAAGUGGGAGGUGAAGGGUCAGGAGAGAAUGGGGAGGAGACUGAAAAGUUGGGGUGGGUUGAGAAAGAAAGUGGGCUGUUUGGUUGGGAAUGAGAAUUUGAGGAGGGAUACAGUACAGUGUUAAAGUGGUGUAUGAUGAAGGAUUAGGAACGAGAGUCUGGAGAAGGACGAGGGUGAGGAGAUUUAGGGAAGGAGAGAGGAGCUUAGUUUAUGGGAGGGAGUAUUUUAGGAGGGUUUAAGGAAGUGAGUUAGCAAUAAGAAUGGGCUGCACUGGGGUUGGGGGAGGGGCACUGGUUGGUAUAGUGUUCCACACUGGAAAUAACCCAAUGUUACUAUGUUAUAGAAGAUUAGGCCUGGUGUCUGUAACAGACUGUAAAUAUAACCUGGGGUAACACUGCUUGCAUUCCAUCAUUUCUAUCUUAAUAUAUUUUUCAUCUGUUCAUACAAAUCAAGCCCUGAAGGAAGAAAGAGGGAGAUGUGCUGUCCUGUUUUAUGCCUGGGAUUUGGUCUUGUGAUUCCCAGUAAUUUAUGAGGCCAUUGAAUGAGUCAAAAUAGUAUUGAAAGAGUAUUUUUCUCAAGACUUGGAAGAAGGUGUGUAGGUACAAUAUGGGAAUGACAGGACCCCACCACACCCAUAGCCAUGUCAAGGUCGCGAUGUGACAUUGCUGUUUUAAUGACAGCAGGCAUGUGCAAUAGCAAAGACAAGAUCAUGUGCUCCCAGUUCCAGAAGCCUGGCUGCACAGAGCCGGGCUGUGUGACCCCUGUGCGACCCCAGAGUGCCAAGACCCAGCGCAGCCGCUCAGCCUCAGGCAGCUCUGUGCGGGACCGGCCCAUGUCUUCUUUAGGCUGCCUGUCCCAGGCUACCCUUCCCCAGAGCUCGUCCCAUGCUGACACCACCAGCGAGCUGCUGCAGCAAGAUCUGGAGCUUCACGUGGACCUGAGCCAGUCGGAGGAAGAGCCCGUCAUCAUCCUGUAGGGGGUGAUGGAGAGCCCCACACACCUUAUUUUAAUAAACCAUUUACAGCAGCACCAGGAGGGUAUCCUGGUCUCCAUUUUGUAACGGAGCAUACAGACGUUGUGAAAAUCAAUUCUGAUAUUAGUCAGUUAGGUUAUUUAUGGAUUGUAAUGGAAGAACACAAUUCUUGGACCUAUGAACACUGUUUCCAUGCAACAAAAUAGCUGAGUCACAUUUUCAAAGUGUAGCUUUACAGGUCAGAUACCUUACGGGUGGCUACAUUACGAUUUUGGUUUAUGAUGCCUGAUUUUCAAUGACCUUCAUAGAGAAGCUUUCGGGCAGGUGACCUCAAAUACCAGACUGUUUGGAUGCAGAACAAUACCCCUAUGGAGCAAAUCAUUUGACAUAUAGGGUCUUAUAGAGCGGUAUCAUUAAGGGCUUGAAAUGUCUUCCCUCUCACAGACCCAAUUCUCUAGACAGUUUCCUAGAAGAAGGGGCUUUGCUUACACACAUUUUGUGUCAAUGAGAAAUAUGAUGUAUAUCUAUCUCUAUCCAUGCCUUACACACUCAGUGGCCAGUUUAUUAGGUACACCCAUCUAGUACCGGGUUGGACCUCCCUUUGCCUCUAAAACACCCUGAAUUCUUCAGGGCAUGGAAACAUUGCUCAAUUGGUAUCAACUUUGCCAGGAACACGUUCCCCACACCAUUAUACCACUGCCACCAGCCUGUACCGUUGACAGCAGGCAGGAUGGGGCCAUAGACUCAUGUGGUUACGCCAAAUCUUGACUCUGUCAUCAGCAUGAUGCAACAGGAACCGGGAUUUGUCGAACCAGGCAACGUUUUUCCACUCAUCAAUAGUCCAGUGUUGGUGAUCGCGUGACAACUGGAGCUGCUUGUUUUAAGCUGAUAGGAGUAGAACCUGGUGUGGUCGGCUGAUGCAAUAGCCCAUCCGUGACAAGGAUCAAUGAGUUGUGCAUUCGGUCGCUUAGGUCACUCGUUUUUCCCAUUCUAAUGUUCAUUCGAACAUUAACUGAAUUGCUGGAUUCCUGUCUGCCUGUUUUAUAUAGCAAGCCACGGCCUCCUGACUCGUGAACGAGGUGGUGUACCUAAUAAACUGAGUAUAAGUGAUCCCUUUCAUAGCAUUUGGACUUAUUCAGGAGUAAUGAUGCUACUGAAAGGUAUUUCAGGAGAGUAUUUAAGACAGGCAGUUAAUCUGAAUGUAAGAUUUCCAUUGGUAGAUGUAUCUUUGUUUUCAAAGAUAAAUGGGCCUUCAUGGAAUAUGUGAUGUAUGUGUCAUAUGAUGUCCAUAUAACUGUUAUGUGAACAUAUGUUGACUCAUUGACUGUCUGCAAUGAAUUUGACUUGUUGUACGUAAAUAUAUCUGUACUGUUCUACACAA